CUCUUUCCAGCUCUUGCUAUACCGCGCGCCCUGCCCUGCAGCCGAUAGACAGCAAACUUUUUGCCACAUGUAGUACAAAUGGUUUUGCGUCGAUCCUAAAGUCUUGGCAGCAGUGCCCCAAAACGGUAAAAGUCAUCUCCGCAUUGCGCUUCUACAGCAACAGCCUUUUUGUUUCGUUCCUCUUUUCUUUCAUACAGCACUUACCACCUUCAUUAUACUUUCUUUCUUUUCUUUCAUAUCCAUUCCUCUCCUUUCUUGAACAUACAUAUACACUCCUCGUACACUUAAUAUAAUAUACAUAAUAAAAGAAGGCUCUUAUGUCUCUGAGCUGGCGACGACGACGAAAACCAUGGCCGACUUUUUUACUACUUCUCGCAAUCGCCAUUAGCGCACGGUCAUUAAUAACAAUAGCAGCAGCAACGGCAUCACGACCAUCACCAAUAGCAAUGGCAACGCCCUCUACGUUCUGUGUGCAUCAUCAACAUUCUACCAGCAGAAUCCGGCACGCGAUCCGACCCUGUCCCGAGCGAUCUCAUAAACGACGGGAUUCGCAACCACAGCAAGAAUCAGAAGCCAAAAUGGUAAUCAACUAUACAUGUCAUGCAAGUAACGACGAUGAGUGUGCCAAAGUACAAAGUUUGCUCGCCAAAGCAAGCGAAAUCAUCACAUCCGUUCUCAAGUUUGAGACUCCGGUACAUGUCAAUGCUUCGUACUUGCCGUUUUGCCAGAAACUCGGGCAAUGUCAAGAUUCCAGCGGCACGGUUAGCACAGGACAAGCAUAUCCAUCAGUAUCCUAUCUUAUGCAAGAAGAAAACAGCAUCAGAAUGUAUCCACAGGCAUUGCUUAAGCAAUACACCAACUUAUCCGCCCAGGUCGACUGGUACGAAUAUGACAUGAAUGCACAAUUCAAUAGCGAGAUUGAUUGGUACUUUGAGGAUGACGCAAAUUCGAUCGAUAAAGAUAAAACCGAUCUAUUAUUGACCAUAAUUCACGAACUUAUACAUGGCUUGGGCUUUGUCAGUGCAUGGAGCGACGACACGCAUGAGCGCUUUUCCAUCUACGAUCCAGAAAUGAAAAAGUUCUUGACGCCAAUGCCGCUGGAUCCACCGAACGAACUACCCGAUGUCAGUGCAGCUGUGAAUUCUGAAUCUGGCGUACAACCAUUCUGGGGUUUCGUCGAUUUCCCACUGGACAAGUUCUUUUACGCCCAUAACAAAGUGCACUUGGCAGGUGUCACAAAGCUACUAAAUCAAUGGGGCGACGGCAACGUCAUGUUUGCUACAAUCCUUGACAUGGUCAAUGCAUGGGUAGGCGAUACUAAUUUUCGCGAGCAAGCCGAAAAAUUGUAUCGAAGUGCUACCACGCGGGGUGACAUAACCAUUGUGAUCGACGACGAGCAAGUCAUGGUCAUGGAAACAUCCCUAGCUCCUUUUCAAGAUGGAUCAUCCUUGACACAUGCAGAUGAAUCGGCCUAUGCUAGCACAGCCGAUUAUUUAAUGUGUUAUAGCGCCAUGCGUGGCGUCAGCUUAGCAGACUUGUCGAAAAUCCACAAAUUGGGACCGAUAGGCCCAUCGCUCGUCCGUAUCAUGGCUGCCAUGGGUUACCAUAUCCAAUCUUCGUAUAAUAAUGGCUCCAUUCCACAAACCGUUCAGUCAAAUAUCACAUUCUGGGUACCGCCGAUUGAUCUAGUCGGCACAUCCACCAAUCCUUCACCUGCUGUCAGCGUUAAUGCCAACGGCCCUGCUCAUAUACCCUCUGCAUCUGCCACCCCUUCUUCAUCUUCUUCAUUGUUAUCUGCUUGUUGUACCGAGCUACCGCUGCUGCUCUGCCUAUUCUCAACCUUUGUAUUUUUUUCUGUUUCUAAUAGUCACUCCUCUCUCGCUCCCUUAAUUCCAUAA